AUGACAACCCCUGAAGCAGUUUUACGCUGCACACUUUAUCGGAUCAUUCAAGCAUGUGGGGAAUCCGGUGCUACCUCCGAGGACGUCGUUAAUGCACUCUUCAAGUAUGCAGUUAGCCUACGUGACCAGUGGUCUGUACGAAUAUCCUCUGUGACGCCGCUCAACCUCGACACGCUUGUCGAGGCCUUCGCUGAUCGGGCCGUUAUUUUGGCGCGCAUUUUCAUGUACCUCAUGGUUUCGGGGACUUCCACUGGCACCGGUAGUAAGGAGGCCUCUAUGAAUAACGAGGACUUUGAUGACUUUCAGCCCAAUUUUGUGGACGAUAUAUCUGCUGCUUGUGCCACUAAUGGGGCUGCCGUCAGGAUGCACUCUCCUAAAGUGGCGAAAUUUCUUGAACUCUGCAAACAACAUUGUGCAGCACCACCCCCUGAGACUCUGUUUGACUGGCGCAGUCUUGAGCAGAAUGCUACACCACCACGAAUUCAUCAGGGACGCCGUCUAAGAAUGCUUCGUAUAGACGAUUUUGUUGGUAGCAUUUCAAUCGAGGCCUACGUGGAAUUCACCAAGCUCCGCCAGUCAGCAAGUUUCUUCGCCACCCGCAAUGUGCUGCUUGCUUUUUUACACUGGUUCUUCUCAUCGGAGACUGCAAGCCAGCGUUUCACUGCAGGCAACCUUUUGGCCUACCUUUUCACUUCAGGCCUGUACGACCUCAUUGACUUAGCCUUCUGCAACCGUCGCCUCCUUGGAAUUCAAUUGUCAUCACCCAUUACUUCUGUUGAAUUGGAGCAGGCUAGUUUGCUUAUUCGUAGACUCAGUUACCUUUGA